AUGGAAUUAUGUGCAGAAGUAACUGAUCAAGAAAUUCUGGAGAGUCUUAAAGCCAUUGGAGAUGAUAAAGCACCAGGGAUUGAUGGUUAUAAUGCUGGAAAGAUAGCUGAUAAUGUAAUCCUGGCUCAUGAGUUAGUCAAGUCCUAUACUAGAGCUCAAAUAUCGCCUAGGUGCAUGGUUAAAAUUGAUCUUCAGAAAGCAUAUGACUCAGUGGAGUGGAUUUUUCUACAACAGGUGAUGGAGGAGAUUGGCUUUCCUGACAGAUUCAUCAAAUGGAUCAUGGAGUGUAUUAAAACAAUUAGCAAUACUGUUCUUAUAAAUGGAGAAUCUACUGAACCUUUUGAGGCUGCUAAGGGACUCAGACAAGGAGAUCAUAUUUCUCCUUUCUUAUUUGAUAUUGUAAUGGAAUAUUUGAAUAGAUCACUUACUGAGCUGGAAAAAAAGAACAAAUUCCAAUACCAUCCCAGAUACAAAAAACUUGGCAUAACUCAUAUGAGUUUUGCUUAUGACCUCCUUUUAUUUUCAAGAGUCAAAGUGCUAAAGAUAAUUGAGGCUAUAUGCAGAAGCUAUAUAUGGUCUAGCAGUAACACUAUCACUAAGAAGGCAUAUGUGUCUUGGGAGAGAAUGUGCACUCCUAAAUCUGUUGGUGACUUAAAUCUCAUCAACCUACUUCUGUGGAACAAGGCAGCAAUUGCUAAAGUAUGUUGGGAUUCAGCUCAUAAAGAAGACAAACUGUGGAUUAGAUGGAUUAAUACUUACAAUGUUAAACAUAAACAAUUGCAUGACAUGCCAAUUCCAAAGCAGGGAAGAUUACCUACCAAGGACAGUGUUGUGGAAGAAAGUAAUGAGGUGGAUUCAAGAAGAUCAAUUGAGCAAUCACAACUGGGAUCAACAUUUUCAAUGGAUCAUCAAAAAAGCCAAAGGGAAGUCAAGCAGGGCCAGCAUUUUCAGAAUGGUGUUUACUGA